AUGACCAAACCCUUGGCUGUGGAUACCUUGCACGAGGCCAUCCUUGAUCUGGUAAAGCGUGUUGAAAAGCUCCUAACAAGCCAAGCAUCAAACCCUCGUCAGCGCAUCUUAGUUGCACUGGCAGGUGUGCCGGGAUCGGGAAAGUCGACGAUAUCGAACGCGCUCAUAGCCGAGCUAGCUCUGCGAGGUAUCCAAGAUGUCUCAAUCGUACCAAUGGAUGGCUUCCAUCAUUCACAAGCAGCCUUGUCAACGUUUGAUGAUGCGGAGACUGCAUUUCGCAGACGUGGUGCACCUUUCACCUUCGAUGCCGAAGCUUUCGUCCGACUAGUCACUAAACUGAAGGCCAUGCCCGUGACAACACCUACGGAGACCGAGCUCAUCGUGAGCGCACCGAAUUUCGAUCAUGCGACGAAAGACCCGUCUCCGAACGCUAUUGCGAUAUCUUCCCAGAAUCGUGUGAUUAUUGCUGAGGGCAAUUAUACAUUGUUGAACCUCACCCCUUGGAAUGAGAUCGCAAAGAGCUGCGCAGAAAAGUGGUUUGUCGAUGCUCCAAUCGAUACUGUGCGAGAUCGCCUGGCGGAACGCCAUCUUGCGGCAGGUAUCGAAGAUUCGAUGCAAGCUGCGGUGCAAAGAGCGAAUGAGAAUGACAUUCCCAAUGGUGCGAUGAUACGAUCGAUGCUGAUCAAGCCAGACGUAGUCAUUGAGAACUGA